GCCCAGUUGCACACCUCCUCAAAUCACAAUCGACCGUGGUCAGCCGUGUGGAUGCUCGUUUUUUGAAGUUUCACACGGACUUCAGGUCGGGUCGUUUCGGCUCCAAGUACCUAGCACUUGAACACACCUAACACUGGACUCGUUGGAAGACAAACCAUGAGCUCUUCACUCACCAACCAACUGACUGUCUCCAAAAUCAGACUGUUCAGUUUCUUCAUUGGCUUGGCACUUAUCCUGCUCAUCAUAGCCUCCUAUGGCGUGUUGUGGUACCACAAAGGGUUCCUCUUCACUCCAACACCCUACCAGCCGAGCCCUAUGGUCGCUGCACAGCGGAAAUCAGAAGAGGAAUUGACUCCUAAGAAUGUCAAAUUAGACAUGAAGUCACUGAUGAGCACCAUCGGCUCUAAAAUUGACUACUCACCAAGAAGUAUUCCAAAGCAGGAGGAAUUGGUCGAAAUAGACACCCUGUUAAGUAAUGUACUUCGGCGAAGAAUCUCCAUGGCCAUCAAGAGCCCCUGCUGGUACGCAAUGUUCAAGCCUGAAAUCUAUGCUGAUGUGUAUAAGACUUGUCAAUUCACCAAGGUCUUCUCAGAGUUCAAGACUAUGUUUGACAACCUGUGGCUUGACUACGAGGAGCAUUUACGAAGCGCAAAUAGUGGGAAGUUUCAUUUGCGUUGUUUGCCUUACUUUUACAUCAUUGGCCAACCAAUGUGUGGAACAGAGGACAUGUUUCAAAGACUGCGGCUGCACCCGGAGAUCCAGUACAACAUUAUCAGUGAGCCAAACUAUUGGACUUGGAGAGGCUUUGGUCAAGGCUUUGAGCAUGAGGGCGUAUUCGUGGAGAAUAUUCCACCAAAAGAUUAUCUGAACUUGUUCGAUCUGUCAGCCAGGAUGAUUCAUGAUUCAUUCGAAAACAGAGCCAAAUAUCCCAAAGGGCCCAAGAUCCUAACAGGUGAAGCUAGUCCAACCAUUAUGUCCUGGAACAACCAUGCCUGGAGUGAAUUCUACAACGGCUGGCAAAAUGGAGAACCCAAAUUCAUGACCAUUGACUUCAUCAACUUGAUUACUCCAGCUGCAAAAUUUAUAGCCAUACUGAGAAAUCCAAUUGAGAGGCUUUAUUUUGAAUACAUGAACUCAGUAAGAGAGAUUAAGACGCCAGAAGACUUCCAUCAGAAUGUCCAGGAGUCUUUGCAGACGUUUCAUUCUUGUCUGUCUGUGGCCACACUUCGAAAUUGCGUCUACAACGACAGUUACACAGACCCCACCUUUUUGACCAAUCUCAAGUUGGGGAUAUACGUUGUCUUCCUAAAGGACUGGCUGACUGUUUUUCCAAAAGAGCGCAUUUUAAUUGUGCGACUAGAGGACUACAGAGUCAACCUAAAAGCAGAAUUUAAAAAAAUUCUCACUUUCCUGGAUGCAGAUCCAUUUUCAGAGCAGCUAGAGGAAGAAUUGAUCCAAAUACCCAUCCCAAGUCAUCUGCAGUCGGCAGACAAAUUGCCUCAAAAAAUACUUCCAUCGACCAGACAACUACUUUACGAAUUUUAUCAUCCUUUCAAUGACAAACUUGCAAAUUUGCUUGACAACAAAGGUUUCGUUUGGAAUGGCUCUAGUUAAACAUUAGGCAUGUUUUACUAAUGUUAUCCAGAGUCAACCAUUCAUUCCUUGCAAUACUAUAUAACAGCGGUUAAUUGUGCUUUUAAAACAGCAUUUUCUUGGAUGGGUAAAAUUACCAAAACUCAAUUUUGGAGUUAGAAAACUAGAAAACUAUUGUGGUAUUAUGGGUACUGACAUUCAUUAAGUACACAGCUAAAGAAGGGAUUGGGGCAUAUAGAGAGGACGGGCAUUAAUUAGGAGAAACUUAGUGUAUCUAGAGUUCUUUGAUACAUACUGUAUAAGUAUAUGGCAGAAGGACAUCCAUAUUUUUAUGUCAUGUGUUCUCGUUAUUUACACUGGUACAAAACACAGUACUCACAUUGAAAUACAGCAUAUAGCACAUUAUAGCACAGUACAAAAAAAAAAACACUGGAUUAGUAAACAUUUAUCCACAGCACUAGGCUGGUUUGUUCAGAUCUUUGAAAUAAAUUAAGAAAUAUAACAUAUUUUUGUACAAAAAUCACCAACCGACCAAGAGAUAAAAGAUACUGAUUUUUUUUAUUUAUUUAUUGACAUGACAAGAGUUGGUAGAUGUAUCUUAAUAUCUUUUAAACCAGUUUAAGUAGUUAGAAGCAAAAAGAAAUGUAUAUAUGUGUGUGUGUGUGUGUGUGUGGGUGUGUGUGUGUGUGUGUGUGUGUGUGUGUGUGUUAUGUAGGGGACUUUGAUUUCAGAUCAGAAUAAGAAUGACACUUUUUUGUUUAAUCCAGUGGAACUUGUUGGUAUCUUUUAACUAUAAGAUCACAUGUUGGGAAUAAAUAAAUGAAAUAAAAAUAGUAAACAAGA